CUCUGGUAGCUUGACACAUCACUCUGCCAAGACACACUAUUUUUCAUAUUUCUCUGUGUAGUUUGGUGCAAAAUAACCUUGAAAACCUGCUUUGUUGCUGGCCUAACCUUAGACUUAUACAGACAUGUAUCUUUUAACUGCACAGGUGUUUACCUUAGCUCACUUUAGGCAUGUAAAACCAUGGAGGAACAUCCAGAAGUUGGCAGCUAACAAGCCUAGCUAAUGGACUAGCUAGAACUUUAACCCCUCCUCUACUUUCUCAGAGAGCCCAACAGGGAUUGUUCUCCAUGAUGAUGUGGACGUGCGUGGCAGUUUUCCUGCUGUGUGUGGGGUCAGGAGUAUGCACAGAGAAGGCCAGCACACCAGACCUAAUAGAAUACACGGCUGCAGACUUCUACGAGAAACUGCAUUCUGGGAAGACGAUGUUCGUCUAUUUCGAGCGUCAAGUCUCUCCAACCAUCUCUCUCUUCUUGGCGGAGUUGGAGAAGUCUGCUGACGCUCUGAAGGAUUAUGGAGUACUUGUUGGCAAGGUCGACUGCAACAAAGAGCUGGUUUCUGAAUACUGCUCAGAAGAGAAGGUGGUGCACACAGCUUUUCUGUUCAGGGGCGGCAAGGAAUUCCUGGGUUUUGGUUUGGACACCGUGUUUGACGUCAACUCCAUCGUCUCUGAAAUCCUGUUUGCCAUUCUGCGUGAAGAGGUCAAGUACGUUCACACAGACACAGACCUGCUGGCCAUGGAGAAGGCAGCCAAAGGGAAGAAGGAUAUCGUGCUGGGUUACGUCCGCAGUCUGGGUACACAAGAGCACAGAUCGAUGAUGGAGACGGCGUAUGUGUACGGAUCCAAAUACCAGUUCAUCCUCAUAACUGGAGGCCCAGUUUUGAAGCAUUUAGGUGUUGACGAGGCGUCUCACUCGUCUCAGGUGUGGUUCCUCCACUGCCGAGUUCGCAGCGGGCUCAAGACCGCGAAGACCUCCGAGCACUGUCCUCUGACCCGUAUGAGGAAGCCCCUGUCCACCCUCAGCCUCCACUCCUUCCUGCAGCUCAUGGAGGCUCCACUAGUGUCUGAAGUUUACGACGACCCGUCCUCGGUCCAGCGCCCUCAGUUCCCCUACCAGCACACCCCCCAGAUCUUCCUGUUCUCUCGUCCCGCGACCAAGCACGCCGACCUGGACACGGCCACCACCCUGGCCUGGAAGCUCCGCGGCCUCGCCCUGCUGGUGCUCGUUCACAGACAGAGUCCUUCGGUGAAAACCCCCGAACUCUAUAACGCUGCUUUCCGGCUUCCCGAGAAGAGUUCAGACGUGAAGUAUAUGACCUAUCACCACAUCGAUGAGUUGUAUCAGCUCUUUGCAAACCAAGAGAAAGAGAAAGAGGAGCAAGGGGGGCAGCUGGAGGAAGACGACGUGGAUCCACAUGCUACCAAGCUGGACGAUGAAAUCGCGGCAUCCGUCCACACACAACGAGCCAACAUGCUGGACCUGGACUCCAUCAUCGAGUUAACUUCUGACAACUUCCACACCGAAGUGGCUCAAAGCAGCCUGACGGUGGUGCUCUUCUACCUCAGAUGGGAUGCUGUUUCAAAGGUUUUCCUCCACUCCUUCAUGGACGUUGCAGAGAGACUUGGAGAUUCCGAGGUUCAGAUGGCGGGGGUCGACUGCGGCGAGUGGAGCGACCUCUGUGGUGCCGAGAUAGGCAGCGACCUCCCGAUCCCGUUCCAGCCAAUCACGGUCUUCCCCACCGUUUUGCUGAUCCGCCCCAAGGAGUUGGCGCAGCACUACGGAGGCAUGCUGGGUACUGAGGCGCUGCAUCGCUUCAUCAUGAUGAGCCAGACAGCUUCUCCUGCACUGCUGUCCACCAAAGAGAAAGUGACAUCAUUCCUUCAGGAGGUUCCUCACCCGGAGCUAGUGGCCCAUAAGCCUGUCGACAGAGUACUGGGACUGUUUAAGACACUAGCAGGCGUAGCACCGUUUAUUGACGCAGCAAAGUCGCUGAGAGGAGAAGUGCUGACUGGAACGCUGACUGAUGAGCUGGCAGAGGAAUGGGCGGCAGAGCACAAUGUGGACCUCCCUGCAUUGUUGGUGUUCCCGUCCUGGGGGACACCCACUCGUCCCUCCACGCUGCCUGUGUCCUCCUGUCCUAAAGAGCUGGUCUCACACAUUAACGCUGCACUGCUGCAUCCACUGCCUGAGCUGACGGUGGAGAACCUGCCGUCCUUCCUCUCUCGGGGUAAAGCCCUGCUGCUCCUCUUCGUGGGAGAGGAGGAGGACGAGAUCGGGCGGAGGCAGAACCAGGCGCUGGUGGAGGAGAUGAGAGCAGUGGUGGAGAUGGGAGGGGAGAAGAUGGAGCCGUACCUGGCCUGCUGGAUCCACCUUGGCCGUACUCCAGCUGGUAUGUCCGUCCUGGGCUCAUACCUGGGCUCUAUGCCCCCCCUCCCUGCUCUGGUCCUCACCCAUUUGCCCUCUGGAGGUGAAAUCUACCAGUACGCUGCCAACACGCCCAUCGUGGCCUCGUCUGUGCUGCAGUGGCUGCAGAGAAUCGAGGAGGGGACGGAGUCAGCAGCAGGGAUGAUGGGCGAGGACAACUGGGCUCCCUCUGCCGACUUCAUCGACUUCCUGAAAGUCAUCGACAUGCAGGACCCCGACUCGGCCAAGCAGCAGACUCCUACAGAGGAGGUGGAGGAGGAAGAGGAAGAGAUGACUGUGGAGGAAGAAGACGAUUCCUCCUCCAGCUCUCCUGACAACAAACUCCACACUGAACUGUAACAGAACAAGAUGGAACAAUAACAAUGUGGCUGAUGAUUCUAGGCUUCAGUUCUUACUUAUUUUUAAUAUUAUGAUGUAUUUAUCAUAAGAUUAUUGAAUAAGUAUCUGAGAUGUAUCGGAGCAAGAUUUAGCAAAAACACACAAUGCAAUGUAUUAAUACAGUUAAAGGUGGGAAUAAUGAAAAGACACUGAACUUUGGAAUCUGCAGUAAACACAAGUCUUUCAUCCAGGAGACAGGUGUCCGUGUCCUUUGUGUCCCGUUACAAUCAGCUGUUCGUGUCCCGUGCUUGCAUAAACCUAAGCAAGGGUUUUUGUUUAAUUCACAACAUUAAGAACGUGUUUACUGCGACUGAAAAGUGACGCUGAGGGCUCUGACGACGCGUCAGUAUGUACCUCCUAUAGGGGUCUGGGGGGGGGGACCUAUAGCUGGUCCAAUCAGUCAAAAGAAUUAUGAAUACAAUGUCAUAUUAAUAAGUACAAAAUGAAACAAUAACCCGGUUGACCCUGCUGGACUGACCCGUUCUGGAGCUCCUUGAAGGUGCCCCGGUGCUGCUUUACUACCAGAGGACAGGGCC